AUGGUAUCCAAGUACAAAGACGAGACGUACGGCGUGUGUCCACGAGGUUGCGACGCAGCCAUGAUGCCGUACGGGAUGAGCGAUGUGCCAGGCGAGGGUUCGACGACGGUCUACUGCGGUGUGUGCAAAGAGAUUUAUCGACCGGCCAACCCGGUACUUGCGGCCAUAGACGGUGCGUACUUUGGCAGCACCUUUAGCCACUUAUUUUUCAUGGAGUUCGGCGAGAAGCUUCAGCUUCCCGAACUCCGAGAUACCACACGCGUUGUCGCCUCACUCCUAGAAGACGCGUCCAUGGAAGAAACUGCCAACCGCGACCAUCACCACCCUCCCUACUAUGUACCCAAAAUCUUCGGUUACAAAGUCAGCAGCUCUGUACGCGAUCGCGAAAUACAAGACGCCAUUCGCGGCGGCUGGAACAAUAAGCUCUAA